UGGGUUUGAUCACAUGAUCAUGUUUCCUAAAGCUGAUGUCACUUCAGAGGACCAAUCAGAAGCAGUCUCGUCUCUAUAAAUGUGAAAAAUCCUCCGUCGUUUUUUCAUUUGACAACAGAAUCCAGACAUGAUGAUUUCUCAUUACUUUGUUCUUUUUCUGACAUGUUUGUCUUUCAGAGUAAAUGGUGAGUUUUUACUGUAUUUUGUCCAAAGAAUGUCUGAACGGCUUUAUGUCAUUCUUUGAUUUUUUUUUCUUUUCACUGCAGCUCAGAAGAAUCUUCUAGAAUUUCCCUCUUCUGUAAUCCAAAAAGGUGGUUUUCUCUCCGUCUCCACUGGAGACACUGUUACUUUAGAAUGUUCUUAUAUGGGUGCAGAUUUAACAUGGAUCUUCUGGUACAAGCAAACAUUAGGGCAAAGACCUGAACCCAUCUCUAGUUUCUAUGCUUAUGGGUCAAUAUUGACCUUUUUUGAUCAAUUCAACAAUCCACGCUUUAGUCUGGACACAAAAAACCAAAAUCAUUAUUUAAAGAUUUCAGAUCUGCAACUUUCAGACUCAGCUACUUACUACUGUGCAGCACGACAUAAAAAUGUCCUUAAAUUUACAGAGGGUGUUACAGUCAGUGUGAAAGGUCCAGGUGUAACCAUGAAGACUUCAGUGGAUCAGUCGUCCUCUGAGAACAUCCACACAGGAGACUCUGUGACUCUGAACUGUACAGUACACACUGGGAGCUGUGAUGGAGAACACAGAGUUUACUGGUUCAAAGACUCUGAAGACUCUCAUCCAGGACUCAUUUACACUCAUGGAGGCAGGAAUGAUCAGUGUGAGAGAAACAAGAACACACAAACACACAGCUGUGUCUAUGAACUGUCUAUGAAGAACAUAAAUGAGUCUCAUGCUGGGAUCUACUACUGUGCUGUUGUGUCAUGUGGACACAUACUGUUUGGAAACGGGACCAAACUGGACCUCACAGCACAAGAUGGAAAAUUUCCUCCUCUCAUAUAUUUCCUGAGUGGAGUUCUGACAUCUUCACUGAUCUUCCUCACAUCUUACAUAAUACACAAGAGCUGCAAAUCCAAAGGGGUGAGGUCAGGAACAAACAUGGAGGUAAGACUCACCCUGUGGCUUAUUACGAUCUUGUAUGCAUGUUGCACAAAGUAUAUAAUGUAAUAUUAUGUUUAUUUGUAUACCCGUAAUCAAAAAAAAAAGUUUUUUUUUGUUGUUGAAUUUAUGUUUCUAGAAUGAAGAUCAUCUCUGUUAUUCUACUUUAAAUGGAAACAAGAUUGAAGACACCUGGAGUGAGUGUGUGUACUUCAGAAAAAAACAAGAGAUAAAUUAUACUUGAUUACUUGAUACUUCAAGUAAUAAUGGGUGUGGAAAUUACUGUAAGCAUUUUUAUUGAGUGUUUGCCCAGCUUUUCCUAAAGGUAAAUCCGCCCCUGGUGUCAGCAGGUGACAGGACACUUUUCUGUACAUGUCAAUGAUUUGCUUGUAUUUUAGAAUAUGAAAGACAUCAAGGCCCUGGCUUGAAUCUUGCCUGUGACCUUUGGCAUGUUCUCCUCAUUCAUGCAUGUACUUGCAACAGGCUCUGGGUUUCACCCACUCUCCAGAAAUGUGGAUCAUAGGUCAAAUGAUUGCUCUAAAUUGUGCUAAGGUGUGAAUGUGAGUGUGUGUGCCCUGCUAUGGAUCGGUAAACAAUUCAGAGUGAAACCGCCUUCGACUAACUGUGGCUGGGAUAGGCUCCAGCAACCCCAUGACAACAGAAGGGAUCAAGCAUGUUUAGAAAAAGAAUAGCUGGAAAGUCUUGUAAAUAUUUAGAAGUAGUUGAACUCUGUAAUUAAUUAUUUCAAUAUUACCAUAAUUAAAUGCUCCUUUCUGCAUUUCUGUAAUAAAGAUUUAAAACAACAAAUUCUGUAUGCAAACUAUGAUUUCUUUCUCUUUGACUCCAUCAACCAUUAAGUUUAGUUUGGCAAAAUAACCUGUUUUUUCAACAAGUCGUUUUUUUUUUUGCUUGUGUGACUGACAUCAUACAGAUCAGACAUUUUCACUCAGGAACUUCCUGCUCCUUUAAUGGUCUCCAACAGAGUUUUACAUUAAGCUGUCCCAUAACUUAAUGGUUAUGAUCUAAUGAACCAAUAACACCUCCUGUGCUCUCCUCCUCUGUAAAAAGUGUUUAUUUUCCUUUUACUAGUCACUCACUGUGCUGACUCCUGAAAGGUGAACAACAACAAGGUGAAGACAGUAACAUUUCAUAAACAGUCGCAGCUCAACCAAAACCUCCAUGUCAUAUUUCCAAACUGACCUCAGAGCUUACGAUUUUAAACUUGCACAGGAAAUGGUUGACAGUUUGGAGAAACUUUCUGCCCAAGUCAAAGGAAAUGGAUUCAAAUUGUCCAAAGUUUUUGACCAUUAAAGCCAAAGAGGCUGUCAGACCAAUCAAAUCGAAUCGAAUCGAAUCAAAUCAAGAAACGACAAGAAAAGCACAUCAAUCAAAGUGAGUAAUAUA